AUGCCAUUUGUGCUUGUUGUUGUACAACACGCAAUAAAUCUAAAUGAAAACUCUAGUUACUCGAAAAAAGAGACGCCAGGCAGAUCAACAUCACUAUGCCCUUGUGUGUGUGCAACACGACAUAAAGAUAAAGGUAAUGGCUCUAGUUGCCCGGCAUGCUAUGAAACUCUUAAACAAGAUGGAGCACAUUUGGAGAAAAAAAAGUCUAGUUUAGUGUGCCUGGAAUCUUACUCGCCUCGCCAAAAUCGGGAAAGAAAAGCCUCUGGUUGCAACACAUCUAAUAAAACAGAAAGCUUGGAUACCAUAGGAGAUGCGCCAAAUCCUGUGUGUCCUCAGAACUCCCUGUCCGCGUAUACUGUUAAAACAAACACUAAAUGUAGAACUACAAAAAGCGAUUGUGGAGUAGUCGUAAACAAUAGCUGUCAAGUGGAUUCAAAGUUGAGGAGUGACGAAAACAAGCAACAAAAAAUAAACUGUCACAUAGAUUCGCAAUCGAUCAGUUCUAAUGCUAGCAGCAAGAAUAAUAAUUAUGACAGAAACUCAGUUCAUACUGAAAACGACUACGGAAGUGUUCGCUUCAAAGAUUCAGUGCCUUCGAAAAAUAUUAAUAUCCGAAGGGUUGCGCUUACUGGUGGAGCUGAGAGUCUUACCGAUUAUUUCAAAUGUACGCCAUAUAAGCAUAAUAAUUUAAGUACUGGAUCCAAAUCUUCCAUAUUACUACCGUACAAGAACUUAAAUUUAAUUAAGACGCAGAGUGUAACAUUCAGUAAAGAGGAUCAGGCAGAUGAGCAAUGUAAUAAUGCGUGCAAUAUUGAAAUUAAGCACACAAGGAAAGUCCCCAAAAGUAGAGUUGAAUUUAUCUGCGCUCCGAGUUCAGCUUGUUCAAACCGAGGUCCUGGUGGCAACUUAUGCUGUCCCAAGCUUAGUGACGUCACAAGCUGUGAAUGUCGCUUGUCAACAGUUGAGGAGCUGAAACGAGAGCUUAUACAAUCACUUAAGACUGAGCAAGAAAUUAACGGGCAAUGUGUGACACCAACACCACAUAUCAACUUUUUCCCCUGUAUACCCGAGGGCCAGUAUCAACAAUGUGCGCAGUCAUCUAACGCCUAUACAUUAGACAACUCUAAAUGCUGGUCGCCACUCUAAGUCAAUGUUGAUCGUUCAAAUACAACGCAAUUACAAUCAAUGUAAAUCUAUAAUGAAAAUUGAAAAAUAAAAUAAUGCAUUUAUUUAAAUUGUACAA